AUGCAAUUUGUCCAUCUGUCCAUCUGUCCAUCUGACACUCAGAAUGUCGGCUGGGACUUGCCACAUGGACACUCAUUGCAGGCACGCUGCAAAGAUCUAGGCAUGUACAAACUACUUGGCGAAUCGCGCGUGCUCUGCUCGAACGGUUUGUGGGCACCGCGUAUGCCGUCCUGUGUGCCCACCACCUUGCUGACCAAUUUCUCCGACGAUAGUGCACCCUCUAUUCGGAUCAAAGUCUUCAAUGGCUCUGGCGCAUUUGAACCAUCGGGCGUUAUGGCCGUAUUACCGCAGAGCACAAUUCUUUUGGAUUGCAUGUAUCCACGUGUGCGUGGUAUACCCGAGUGGACUUGGACCAGCUGGUACCAGCAAUAUGCAACUGGUUGGUCACACGAAGAUAAAAAUCUACGCUAUCGCCUAACAAUUAAGGACAUACAAAACAGUGAUUCCGGCACAUUUACGUGCACUUCACCGCGCGGCUUGACCAAUAGCAUUGCAAUCGUUGUGGCCACCUCGACAUGUCCGCAGCUACCAGAACCGGUGUCGCCGCUCACGCUACGCUUGGAGGGUAAUAAGCUCGGACAGCGCGCCAUGUAUCGCUGCCCUCCAGGUUAUCGCAUCGAUGGUAUUGCGAAUGCAACGUGCUUAGCCUCGGGUAAUUGGUCAUCGCCGCCGCCCACUUGUCAGGCUGUGCAGUGUCCCCGUUUGGCAUUGGACGAUCCCCAUUUGAGUUUGGUCGAGUUGAAUACGUCGGCGUGGGGGCGGGCGAUGUUCAAAUGCCAGUGGGGCUUUAAGCUGACCGGCCCGCCGAGACUGGACUGUGAGCCGACGGGCGUGUGGAGUGGCCCAGUACCGCGUUGCAAAGCCAUCCAAUGUUCGACGCCGGUGGCGCCGCUAAAUGGACGAAUCGGUGGUACCAAUUUAAAUCAGCGUCGUCUCACUGUCGGCGCUUUGGUCACAUUCAGCUGCAACGAGGGACACACGCUGAUCGGCGAGCCAAGCAUCAUAUGCACAGAGACUGGACUCUGGUCGCAUUCGCCACCAUUUUGUCAAUCACAAUGUCCCUACCCCGGCGAUCCACCAAAUGGUCUAAUAGCGCCGCUCAAAUUCAAUUAUGAUUCCGGCGAUUACCUGAGCGUUCAAUGUCGUCCAGGCUUUGUGCAGUACAGUGAGAAUGGUCCGCCCGAACGUCCGAAAUGUCAACCGGAUGGUAAUUGGUCCGGUCCGGUGCCCAAAUGUCGCAGCUAUGAGGAAGUGUAGCUAAUCAAAAUGGCGGACAUGAUGAUGCCGGAAUCAUCUGAUGAGUCCACGCAACUACAAUAUCAGCGUGAAUAAAAACAACAACAACAACAAGAAGAAAAUUGGCUACGGUAUUAGCAGCGCAUAUCUAUGUACAUCAAAUGUAGAUAAUACGUACAUAUGUAUGUAUGAGUAUGCAGUUAAAUGAAGCGUAUAAAAGUCGGACUAUAUAGGCAAAACAGCAACAACAACAACAACCACAACAAAUAUUUAUGGUCAUAAUUUCAGAUUUGUAUGUAGAAAAAGCGAUAAAAAAAAAACAAAAAAAUAACAACAAAUGUUGGCGAAUAAAACAACAG